AUGGGAGGUUACGACACCAAUGAAGAUAAGCGUAAAUUCAGCUCUGCAAGUUCAAUGAGGGAAUCUACAACACCUCCAUUGCCAUCUAAAAAGAGGAGGAUAACGAGAGCUUGUGAUAGGUGUCACAAAGGAGGUACGAAAUGUUCAGCCGGACCGACACCCGAUGUAUGUGGACCAUGUUCUGCAUUUGGGUCAGAGUGUACAUAUGAAAGACCCAUCAAACGUCGAGGGCCCGCUACCAAAUCACACAGUAAUGGUCAUCGUGAAAAUCAAAGAGCUUCAUCUUCCAGAAGUGAAUCUGUACCUAUAUCACCUCUAGUCAAAGAUGAGAAUUGGACAUAUCAUGAAAUAGCAAGUCAUGAACAAAUUCAAUUACUGAUAGAUGCGUAUUAUCGUAUUGUAUAUCCAUUACAACCAUUUUUUCAUUGGCCAACAUUCACAUCCGCUAUCAAAGGACGAUUGUAUGAGCGAUCACGUUCAUUCCAUUGUGUGACAAUGUCAGUAUGUGCAUUAUCUUCUGCAAGGUUAAGAGAUGGUGCGCCGCCCAUACCGAUAAAUCCUUCCACUCCAUCCAAAAACAAUUCGUCGAAAGAAAAUGAAAAACAUAUAGAAUCGGAGAUAUUUUAUCAAUCUGCUGUAUCAAGUUUCCCAUUAGAUUUAACCAAAGCUGGUGAAUUCGAUUAUAAAAGGUCAAAAUACAUAUUAUCGACAUGCUGUUUGCAAUACGGUGAUAUACAAAGAGCGAGUGUACAUAUGGGUGAUUACUGUACUUUAUCUUCUUUAGAUGGGUUUCAAAACGAAUCUAGAUGGUCGAUGAAUUUAAAUCAAAUUGAAAUUCAAGAAAGAAGGAGAUUAUUCUGGUCUGGAUAUCAGAAUGAUGUUUAUAUAGCGACUACUUUUGGCGGCAUAAUCAGACAUAGAGAAGCACAAUCAACUGUACUUUAUCCUGCGGAAGUUAGGAAUGACGAUUAUAUCACCGAAGAUAAAGUGGUCAUAUCAAAUGAUCCAUCACAUACAUUUUGGAGUGGAUGGAAUUUCGUCACUAGUUUAUAUAGGAUAUUGGAACAUGCCGUAUGUCAAAUGAGACAAAGACAUCAAUCGUAUGAUGGUGAUAAUCAAAUCGCAAUGUUAUUUUCAAUUCGAAGAGAAGGUAGAAGUUCUGAUCCUGGUCCAGAAGAAGUUUUACAAACUGUAGAAAGGUUAUAUAAUAUCUUACCUGAAAGAUAUAAAAUAACAAAAGAGAUGACUGGUGAUGAGUGUAAGGAUAGAUAUGGUUUUCAAGCCGCAAAUAUUCUGAUAACGCUUCAAACUGUCAAGAUGGUGAUGGCAGGUAUGGCAGAUUGGUCCGUCGAGCAAAGAUGUGCUAUCGCAGGUGAAUUAGUAGAUUCAUUAGCUGUUUUACCUAAAGCUUUCAUCCAAGCAUGUAGUUGUCCGAUGCUUCAUCAUACAGCCGGAGUUGGUCAUUUGUUAGCAUCGAUCAUACAAUCACCAUUAUCACCCGCUACUUAUCUUCAUGUCCGAACGGUACUAAGUCGAAUGUCGAAUUUGUUAUCCUCCCUCGAAACCUCGAUUAAAUCAGCUAGCAUACUUUGCAUAGCUGAAAAGCUUAGGGACCAUAUAGAAAGGAUUGAUCGGUAUAUGAUGAGUGCUUCAGAAGCUUCGGGGUGGAAUUUCGCUCUAGGGUCCGCCACUUUAUCUGAUCAAAGCAAUGUUCCACCGGCUUCCACAAUGAAUAUAUAUCCACCUUUAGCUCCAGCGAUACCUCUCAAGUCCGACUCGAUCAUCUCAACUAUUCUUGAACCUACAGUCCAACAGCUCCCGUCACUUGAUCCAGCCAUCUCUGCUAAUACGCUUCAUCCUCCUGAAAUCGUGAAUGGAACCAACGGAAUACAACUUCAACCUGAGUCGGUGGUAGGAUUAGAUGAUGCCAAUGCGCUGGUAGAUCAACAGGUACAAUUACCAAAUGAUUUGUUCUCAGAUUGGUCUUUCAUGUUUGGUGAAUUUGGAGCUCAGGGUGAUGCGUUCGAUUUCUUAUCUUCGGGAAUGAUGAACACGAAUAGUGAUUGGUGA